AUGACCCCAUCUCUUCCACCCCAGUACGAAGUUCGCGUUCUUGGACCAGAACACGAGGAAUGGGCCCGAGCAAUUUGCAUUCAAACAAAUCUAUUCCACUCCCCGCUCUGGCCAGUUGUCUAUCCUGAGAACAAAACCCAGCGCGCCUACCAGAGCUUUCGCGCCUCGCACUAUUUAAUCAAGCACCAGAUCGAUUCAGGAAAGUCUCUUGGUAUCUUCGAUAAGGAAUACCAGUACAAGCGACCCGAGUCUGUAGCCACGGGGGGCAAGCUGUACUGGAAUCUGGAUGACGAGAGUGCCACCGAAAGUGACCUUGCAGAGCAGAUGGACUUCCCACUACUCUCAAUUGCCAUGGCCUACGAUGGAAUCGAUGAGCUAGAUGUGGCUCAGAUAGAACCUCUGAUAGCAACACUACCCUUGUUUGGAACAACCUACCAUGCCCUCGAGGAGCGAGACCAGCGCGAUCCUACAUCGUGGAAGCCCACUGCCCGCGGACAGGUACUGAUGCGUAACGCUACCAACACCCUUCAAUCUUAUUCUGGCCGUGGGCUUAUGAGGCUGCUGGCGGAAGAGAUGAUGAGACGUUCUGCAGCUGAAGGAUUCCGGGGUAUUCAAAUUGAGACUGUUUCUGACGCUGUGCAAAAAGUGUGGUCAACACCACCGGCACCGUUCAAGGCGACUAUCAUCUCGCAAAUUCACACGACGACCUUCGAAGAGAAAAACGAGUCAGGGGAAGUUGUGUAUCCGCUCCGACCGGCGAAUGUGAACAUUGCCAAAAUUUGGGUCGACCUCUAG